AUGUGUGGAACAUGUGCCGAAUUGCUGAUAUUUGAAUUAGAACUGGAAAUACCACAAGGACAACAACAACGGCCAACUUUUAACGAAGACUUUAAAUUAUGGUUAAAAGAAUGCUUGACAGCAUUGAGUAAAGCUAAUGCCAAACGAUCCACUUUAGUCGAGUAUAAAAUAACCGAUGGACAAUUUGCCAUUUCAUUCUAA